UACAGUCAUUUCAAAUUGAAUGGUACUUUGCUAAAGCCACUAUGAACAAUGUUCAUCUUUAAAAUCAACUGUAUUUUAUGUGUGUGGACGCGUAAGUAUGUGAGCAAAAGGCUUUUCUUGAGUGCACUCUUUUCCGUCUUUACUAACUAAAGAAGCUAAAGGAGCAAAGGAGAGCAAAGGUCAGAUUCCUAGCGCCUGUUGUACUCAGAGAAGGCCCAGGUAAAUAGAAAGUAUGGCAGCUCUAAGAACAUUGAGGUUUCCUUCCUGCCUAGCUUUUUGCAGAAAACAUGUGAACUCUAUCACAGGAAGAAGUUUUGCAAAGUGUCAGGCAAGGUUUUUAUCCAGUGUGACAGAAAGAGAUGGACUCCAAGUAUCUCAUAACUCAAACACAGGUGUUGUAACUCUUUCCAUGAAUAAACCUCCAGUCAACAGCCUGAACUUGGAGUUUUUGCAAUCUAUGCAUAAAACAUUGGGUGAAAUUCAGGAUGAUCAAGAUUGCAGAGCAGUUAUAUUAACAUCUGGACUCACUAAUAUCUUUUGUGCAGGGCUUGACAUAACAGAGAUGUACCAGCCCGAUGAUAAGAGACUUAGAGAAUUCUGGACAAGUUUACAAGACAUGUGGAUAAGACUGUAUAGCUUUCCCAAAACAACUAUGGCUGCCAUAACAGGACACAGUCCAGCUGGAGGAGCUCUUUUGGCAAUGAGUUGUGAUUAUAGAGUCAUGGCUGAAAAUUUUACAAUAGGACUUAAUGAAACAAAGCUGGGAAUUGUUGCACCAACCUGGUUUAUUGAUUUGUAUGUGGGUAUACUGGGCCAAAGACUGUCAGAGCUAGCAUUACAGACAGGGAAACUUUUCACAUCAGAAGAAGCUUUGAAAGUUGGACUUGUGGACCAAGUAGUACCUCUAAAUGAUGUUAUUCCAACUGUGGAGAAAGAGCUCUCAGAGUGGAAGAUACCAGCUCUUGCUAGAGGAAUGACCAAAGAUGUUUUGAGAAGAAUAUACUGGAGAAAACUACAAGAAACUCAAGAUGUUGAUACAGAAUCAUUUGUGUUUCUGAUAAAACAAGAGAAAGUACAACAGACUUUGGGACUUUAUUUGCAGAGUUUGAAAAAUAAGAAAAAAUGAGUACAAAACUGUCUGGACUUUUUUCAGUAUCACAUUUCUGUCUGGACAUUUUUCAGUAGUUCAGAUGUGGCAUUUAAAUUGACUACUCUCUGCCAGAGGCAAACCACUUACUGCAUGUCAUGCCAAAAUGCUUGUUACAUUAUCUCUCUUCACUUGUCUGUCUUCCACAUGGUUACUGUAGGAAGGGUUUCCAAAACUGUGCGCAGGUCAUAUUCCAGUGUAGCAAGGUAUGGCCAGGAAUGAAGGUCAGAUCCAUUGCAGAUUUGACUGCUAUCUGAGGGACUUACCAUGGACUUGCCAAUUGCCACUGCCUCAGUAGAUAUGAAAACAGUGACCAACUUGUAAUAAACACUUGGAUUUCAUCACAGGAUUACAGUACACAAAGCUCACAUAACUAUCCAGAGAAAUAACAGUAAAUAUUAAUUGAAAAUUCAAUGUGGCCCUGGUAGCAGGUAUAUUGUGACUGAUGUGAAAAUUCAACACAUCCCGCAUUAACUGUAUAAGUACUUUGAAAAAAUAAAAAAAUUUAACACAC